GUUCAAGUGGAGAGUGUCCAAAGGCCGGGGAUGCAUGUAAUUCCCAACUGCUGUAAAGCUAGCUAAAAGCAGCUCAGCCUAAGGAUUCUCCAGAAGUCCCUGCCCAGACAUUGGAGGAGGGACCAACAGCCCUAAUCAGCACCUUUUGCUUGCAGGGCUUCAGAAGACACACCUGGGACAAAGAGCAGAAAAGGGCAAAGUAUGGGCAUUUGAUAAAACAGAAGAUUUCCAAGCAUUCCUAAAGAAAAGACCAGACCUAAACAGAAAAUUUGAUGUCCAAAUGCAAAAUUCAAGAGAACCAUAAAAAGGAAUUUUUUCAACCUAUCCCCCAUGCCUGGAAUAUUCUCUCUCCUCAUCACUACCUUCCAGCUUCCUUCAAAUCCUGGCUAAAAUUCCACCGUUUAGAAGCAGGUUAGCCCUUUUUUUGAGGGAUUGGCUGAUUGAAAUCCCAUCUCCCAGUACAAGUAACAGCCUUGAUAGUGACUUCUUUGGAAGGAAUCCAGAGGCAGGGGAGAGAGAAAGAGAGAGACAGAGACAGAGAGACAGACAGACAGACAGACAGACAGACAGAGACAGAGACAGACAGACAGAGACACAGACAGACAGAGAGAGAAAGAGAGAGAGAGAGAAAGAGAGAGAGAAAGAGAGAGAGAGAGAGAGAGAGAGAGAGAGAGAGAGAGAGAGAGAGAGAGAGAGAGAGAGAGAGAGAGAGAGAGAGAGAGAGAGAGAGAGAGAGAGAGAAUCAGUGGCUUUGCCAAGUUUCAUAGCCUUGAGCUUGUAUCAUUAUAAGCAGUGAGUUGACUCAGGGGCAGUCCUGUUCCCGGCAGCAGCAGCAAUAACAGCAGCAGCAGAAGAAGAAACAGCAGCAUCUGGGAUGCUGUUAGCCAGGGGAGUCUCACACCAGUCAGCUCUGGCCAAGAGCCGUCAUUGCCUCUUUGGCUCCCCAAGGGAAGAUGUUUGGAAGUCUGAUGUCCGAAGAGUGCAGCUGCAGGCCAGAGGUGGUGACCUGCAUGGCUUCCCUGUCCAGGCUCGAAGGCCCCGGCCCUUCAGUGAAGUGCCCACAAAUGGGUCCAAUGGUUGGAUAAAUCUGGUCCGUUUCUGGAUGGAAAAAGAGAUGCAUAACAUCCAUUUCCGAAAUGUACGGAACUUCCAACAAUUAGGCCCAAUUUACCGGGAGAAACUAGGCAAUUUGGAGUCUGUUUUUAUCAUCAACCCUGAGGAUGCUGCCCGCCUCUUUAAGGCAGAAGGAUCCUACCCAGAAAGAUAUAAUAUCCCACCAUGGACGGCUUAUCACCUCUACAUGAAAAAACCUCUUGGAAUCCUGCUCAAGAGCUCUGAAAGUUGGAAGAAAGACCGGUCUUUUCUGAACCAUUUAAUGCUGACUGCAGACUCAGUAAACAAUUUUGAGCCCCUGAUCUCUCCAGUCACACAGGAUUUUGUAAAGAUCAUUUACAAAGGGAUUGAGAGGAGCGGGGAAGGAAAGUUCACUGUGAACCUCAAUCAGGACCUGUUUGGAUUUGCUUUUGAGACUAUCUGCAACAUUAUCUUUGGGGAGCGGCAGGGAGUCCUGGAUGAAUUGGUAGAUUCUGAGGCCCAGAAGUUCAUUGAUGCUGUGUCUACCAUGUUCAAUACUAGCGUUCCAAUGCUGAAUAUUCCUCCAGAACUAUUCCGCAUGGUCAAGGCCAAGGUCUGGAGGGACCACGUGGCCUCAUGGGAUACAAUUUUUAAUCGAGCUGAAGAUUAUGUACAGAGCUUCUACCAUGAACAGAAGAAGAGAAAAGAACUUGAGAAUUAUCCAGGUCUUCUCCCCUGUCUUUUACGCAAGAAUACCAUGGAUUUUGAGUCCAUCAAAGGCAAUAUUACAGAACUGAUGGCAGGAGGGGUGGACACGACUUCAAUGACCAUACAGUGGUGUAUGUAUGAAAUGGCUCGGAACAUAAAGGUACAAGACAUGCUUCGGGCUGAAGUCCAGACUGCCCGACGAGAUACCCAGGGAGAUAUAAAGAAGAUGUACAAAGCUGUUCCGCUUCUCAGAGCUGCCAUCAAGGAAACCCUGAGGCUACAUCCCAUUGCAGUCACCAUACAAAGGUACCUUCCAUCAGAUUUAGUUCUCCAGGAUUACACAAUUCCUGCCAAAACACUGGUCCAGGUGGGUCUUUUUGCCAUGGGCAGGGAUCCUAAUUUCUUCCCCAACCCAGAAAAGUUUGACCCAAGGAGAUGGCUCCAUGAAGACACCUAUUUCCGUGCUUUGAGUUUUGGCUUUGGCCCUCGGCAAUGCAUUGGGAGGAGGAUCGCAGAGCUGGAGAUGACUAUCUUUCUGAUACAUAUUUUGGAGAACUUCAAGAUUGAAAUCCACAAGUUUACAGAUGUGGGGACCACCUUUAAUCUCAUCCUGAUGCCUGACAAGCCCAUCAUAUUCACCUUCCGGCCCCUCAAGCCCCAGGUGUAACACAGAGAGACAGAAUUCCUGUGUGUUUAUUGGGAGGGAGGGUGACCUGGAAUUACCACAUUAUAUACAGAACAGCUGGGUAUAAUGCAGGAUACAGAUCCAGGUAGAGAAAUACAAGUAUAUAAUGUGAUUGAAGCUGGGCCAAGGAAAUGAUUUACCUCUUUAGGGUAGGAUUUCUUAACCUGGAAUCUGUGAACUUUACAUAUAUAUGUAUAUAUAUUUGGAGAACUGUAUUUCAAAAUAAUUAGUUUCCUUUGUACUCCUGUAUAUUUUAUGCAAUUAAAAACAUGAUUCUGAGGA